AUGAUAAUUAUGUUUUUGUGUCUUCUCUCACUCACAGUAGCAAAUGCUUGCUACGAACAUCGAGAUGGAAAAAUGAUUGUCUCUCUCCCAGAUGCAGUGAGUUUUUUCAACAAAUAACUGAACCCCCAAUAUUUUUUUCUUGCAGAAAAUCAAGGAGUACAAUCUCACCGAAACUGGUAUCCAAGUUUAUUUCGAAUUGUAUUCUUGUGAUGCGCUCUUCGAGAAAGAAGAAUAUUUUGUUCCGAAAGAGAAAAUCUAUGUUGUUCACAAAAAAAUGUGCGCCGAAAGCUGCGAUUGCCAGAAGAUUGAAAGAAAGACUUACGAACAUUCGAAGAUGUUGGAUAUUUAUAAAGGAGUCAGUAUUGCAAAGUUCAUGGUUUCCUAUGAUGUUUGCCGCGAUAAUUUUGAGGUUGGUUUCAACUUUUCUGAACUUCUUAUUGAAUCGUUUCUGGUGGUAAAUUCACACAUCGAGAAGUAGGAUUUAAUCCGAUUCUUGACAUGUUUUGUUCAAAAAACUUUGCUUUCCGAUUUUCAUAAUUUCCCUAACUUUGUUUUUCUAAAACUGGAACCUACCCCAAAAUCAAUAUUUCCAGGUUCGGGAGGAUGAUUCAGGCGUUUUUGAAGUCGAGAUUCUUUAUUUCCACGAUAUCGUCCACAGAAUGUUCAAAGGUAGACCAUAUGCAUUGGUUCUUUAUUUGGUUUUUCUUGCAUUCGUUGCCUUUUUCAGUCUCAGACUUUUCCUCGGUCUUUUGUUGAGAUAUUUUGAUUGA